GGGCUGUAUGAAAAAAAAACCAAACAACACAUUAAUACAAUUUGAAAAAAUCAAGGAUGCAUAUUUUCAGGCAAUGUACCAGCUUGGAGUAAUGCAUUAUGAUGGACUAGGCAAUAAAGAAGACCCGCAAAAGGGAGUGGAACACAUGAAGAAAAUCUCAACUGAUUCCCUAAAAGCAAGACACUUGAAGUUUGCAGCUGCACACUUCAGCAGAACGCAUUAGGAAGGACGUGGUGUUAAGCAGCCAGCUGAGGAGGCUGAAAGGUUGUGGCUUACUGCUGCAGACCAUGGGAACCCAAAAGUAAGUGUGAAGGCCCAGAGUACUUUGGGAAUGCUUUAUUCUGUGUCAGAUCUAAAAGAUCUAAAAGAUGCCUUUUCCUGGCAUUCAGAAGCAUGUGGCAAUGGGAACUUGGAAUUACAGGGAGCACUUGGUGUUAUGUAUCUCUAUGAGCAAGGUAUGUAUCAAAACACUAAGGCUGCUUUGGACUGUCGAGAAGCAGCAGCACAUUUAAACAUCUAUGCCCAAAGCCAUCUUGUGGAAUAUUAUUAAAAUAGAAAAUUUGACUCAACAGCUGCUGCAGUAGCCAAAAGGAUUACAGAAAAUGAUGACAUCAAUAUGCUGGCAAAGGCAAGUGAUUGUGCUCACGCAUACGUAGCCAAGGGCACCACUACGGCUGCUUUCUACUUGGCUAGAUGCCUCCUGCUGGGACUUGGUGUACAGCAAGAUCAAGCUGCUGCUAAAAAAUACUAUUCUCAGGCAUGCAUCCUGGAUCCUGGUGUUGCUUCUGACCUUGAACUGGCAGCUAAUCUUGGGAGAAUUUACUGUUUCCUUUAA